CGGUCUGUCAGUCCUAAGGAUUCGAUUCGCUGUCAAAAAUAGUCUACGGGUGUUCGAUUCAAGAAGCGGAUUUGAUCGAUUGUUCAAGGAGAGGAGCUAAUCGAUCGUCUCGAGUUCGUGAUUCGUUAAUCUAAUUCAGGUCAAUUCGAAUUACGAAAUAGCAAACGGAUAAUUGAGAAGGGGGAAAUGGCAAAACCCUCGUCAGCAAGGUUUUUCAUCAGGUAUCUUCAUCGCAUUGCUUCAACUCCAUCGAGUAGUAGUAAUCCUAGCGGCGGAAUUUCUCAAUUCGUCACGAAGAGCCCUAAAAUUACACAAACUCGCAAUUUUUCUCAUUUGCUGCCAACAGCAGCUUCGAAGAGAAGCCAGUUUCCGUCAUCCCCCAAUAUUUUUGGAGUUUUUGGAAAACUAGAGUCGAAUUCAAGGUCAUCGCAUAGCAAAAAUCUUCUAGGUUUGAGGUAUUACUCAUUUCAGAAUUUUGGAUCCAAUUCAAAAAAAUUUGCACAAAAAUUAGGGCAAAGUCCUUCUUCGUUUAUGAAGAAUGCGUUUGUGAGGUACAAGGAGGCUGUAGGGCUGCAAAUUGAGGCAUUCUGGAAGAGGAAUUACCUAGUGGUGGUGGGUGCAGGUGGAGUUGUGAUCUGCAUUCUGCUAUGGCGGAUCUUGUUUGGCAUUGCCAAUACUUUCAUUGGUUUCUCAGAGGGCAUGGCCAAGUAUGGCUUCCUAGCUCUUUCCUCCUCCAUCGUCGCCUUUACUGGUUUGUACUUCCGCUCGAGGUACACAAUCAAUCCUGAUAAAGUUUACAGAAUUGCGAUGAGGAAGUUGAACACAUCAGCCGGUAUUCUUGAGGUAAUGGGUGCACCCCUCACAGGAACGGAUUUGAGAGCAUAUGUGAUGAGGGGUGGGGGCGUCACCCUCAAAAAUUUCCGACUACGGCUAAGAAGCAAAAGGUGUUUUCUUAUUUUCCCCAUACAUGGUUCAGAGAGGAAAGGCUUAGUUAGCAUUGAAGUCAAGAAGAAGAAAGGCCAGUACGACAUGAAGCUAUUGGCAGUCGAUAUCCCCAUGGCAACCGGCCCUGAUCAACGUCUUUUCUUGAUCGGGGAUGAAGAAGAGUACAGAGUUGGUGGCGGGAUCAUCUCCGAGCUACGCGAUCCUGUGGUUAAAGCACUAGCUGCAGCUAAAGAGUUUGAAGCACAGGACGAAAAAGAGGAUGAAGAGGAUGCCGCAAGGGAACUUGAAGAAGCUGAAAGAAGAAAUCGGGAAGAACUUGAAAAGAUCGAAAAAGGCAACUAACUCUAAAAAACUCUCUUGUCCUUUUUUUUUUUAUGAAAAGAAUGGUAUGUUUCUUUUCGGUUUCUAUAGAGAUUUUUUACUAUUUGUACUCCAAGAAUGAAAAGAAUCACAUCCUUAAGGCUUUUGACAUUUGAGUUCUAUGUUGUAAUAGUUGACAAGAGUUUAUACUCAUUUUCUCUUUUAGGAGCCUUUGAAUAAAAAGCUUCUCACAUGAUCGCAUUCAUUGGAACCUUCA